UAUCCCAGUCGUCCUCACUUUCAGCUUCUGUUCAUCGCUCGUUUAUCUAUCGACGCCAAGAUGAAUGUGGAAAAGCUAAUGAAGAUGGCAGGUGCAGUUCGCACUGGUGGGAAGGGUAGCGUGAGAAGAAAGAAGAAGGCUGUACAUAAAACAACCACCACAGAUGACAAGAGGCUGCAAAGCACUUUGAAGAGAAUAGGAGUAAAUGCUAUACCAGCAAUUGAGGAAGUUAAUAUUUUCAAGGAUGAGACAGUCAUCCAGUUCUUAAACCCCAAAGUUCAAGCCUCUAUUGCUGCCAACACAUGGGUUGUUAGCGGUUCUCCACAAACAAAGAAAUUGCAAGAUAUUCUCCCAGGCAUUCUGAACCAGCUGGGGCCAGAUAACUUGGAUAACUUGAGAAAGUUAGCAGAGCAGUUCCAGAAGCAGGCACCAGGUGCCGGUGAAGGCACUGCUGCUACAACAGCACAAGAGGAUGAUUAUGAAGUCCCGGAACUUGUGGCAGGCGAAACUUUUGAAGCUGCAGCAGAGGAAGGCCAAAAAUAGUAGGGUAUUUGAUUCGAUGGUGUCGGUCUUUAUAUUUAUUAUUAUUUUUAAUGCUCCUUUUUGGUUUAAAAAAAUGUUCUAGGUAUGCAUUUUGAUGUUGGUUGCAUAACUUGUAGGAAUAUGUAUGUUGUUUGUGUCAACUUUUGGUGUAAUUUGAUCCCAAAAUCUUGCAGUUAAACUUUGAAAACCAUAAAA